AUGAGCCUUCCAGACUACUACACUGUGCUGGGCGUCCAGCGUGAUGCGCGACAGGUGCAGAUAAAGAAGGCCUACUUUGAGUUGGCCAAGCAGAUGCAUCCCGAUCGACACCACGGGACGGACGUGGAGGAAGGUGCCACCCGUGCCUUCGAGCAUCUCCAAAAAGCCUACAGCGUCUUGUCCAAUCCGGAGAAGCGCCGCGCUUACGAUGCAACGCUCGGGGACAAUGGUGAGGGUGCAGCAGCGCAAGCAUUUCGAGGCCAGGGGACGGGUCCUCUGGGUGGACCCUCGUGGCUGCACCGAGCGGAAGAUCGAAAGAGGCCGUGGUAUUCCCAGCUCGCUUUCAGGAGGUUGUGGUACCGGGCGUCCAAAACUGUGGGCGGCAGGCCAUCCUUCUUGGGCCCCGUUCUCUUUGUCGCGGGUGUUUUCACCCUCUUCCGCGGCAUACCACUUGGUGUCAUGUAUAUGCUGGACGACAAAGACAGAGUUGCGGUGCUGAGCCCACCUCCCGUGAAGCGCCAUUGA